GCUGAUGGGGUCUCGUCGUUGGCUUCUACAAGAUGGGUUGUUGCUUCUCCUUUUUGUCGCGUGAUAGUAACCAACCGCCACAUGCGAUUGCGACAGGAGGUAUCACCACCACCGAAGAACAGCAACUACAACAACAACAACAACAACAGCAACAGCAACAAUGUACAGACGUCUCGCCUACCCCCGAGAUUCACGCCGCCACAACUUCCACCAUUGUAUCCAAUACCUCCGCCUCGCAAAUCGCCAGACCAACGACUCGUCGUCGCGGGCCUCCGGUCAACCAGUUCCCCCUGAGUGAGCACUUCAAUGCGCCGAUCCGUCCGCACGUCUGGUACAGCAAGCGUCGGGCAUGGACGCGCGCUCAACUAGAUCGGGAGCGACAGGAGUUCUUUGAGACGAGGGUGACGGGGCGGUCGGAGAUAUGGGCUGCUCUAGCGGCUGCGCUUACGUUCAUGCGUGAGAAUAAUGACCUUGCGACGGCGCAGAGUAUCAUUGAUGCUGCUGGUAUUACUGUUCCUACGGGUGAUGUCUGUCAGGGCUGCUAUGAUGAACAAGGCGUGUUGUACCGGUUGCCGCAGUGUAUUGUGAGCGAUCCGGAGAAUAUGGUACAAGCGGAUCGCGCGGAUGAUUACUCCGACGUGGAUGACGAUGAUAUGUCUAAGUUGGUCGAUGACGACGCGUCGGGCGAUGAGCUUAUUUCAGAUGAUCUUGAGAAACGUCGGGAUGAGAAGGGCAAGACCAGCGAGCGGGAUCUUAUUAGUGUGAGAGCUCGACUUAGCGACAGGGGUGGGUUGGACCUUGUCGUGUCUGUUGGGAAGAAUCGAAGUGUUGGUUUCAUUGCGCGCAAGAUUCGACAGGAAGCCGAUAUCGACCGACAUCAAACAGUCAGAAUUGCAUAUCUAGGCAAAGUCCUUAGAGGACACUCGUCAUUACCAGACCAGGGUUGGGAGCCGGGCCAUGUCAUCAAUGCAUUUAUCGCCCCUCAUCCUUCUGCGUCGUGACGACCGGUCCCUUUUUCCCAAAAUAACCUGCUUAAUGCCCCCUACGCUCUCUUACUCCUUUCCUAAUCAUUAGCGAUGGCCACCGUGUUCUGGCGUUUGUUGUCUCUGGAUUUGCAUAAUACCCCCCAUCAUGCGGUUUUCUUGUUUUGAUUUAUUCUAUCUUCCAUUUUUGUAUCUUUCUUAUCUACAUACUUGGUGUCAUUUACCUUUCCUAG